AUGCCUAAAUCGAAGGGAAACAAUCCGUUCGAGAAUAAGUGCAGGAUAUGCUUGACGGAGAGCUCUGUAAUGGUGCCUUUGGAUUUUCAUUUCAAAGACAAUUCACCUUUAACGUUAUUAAAUGCUUUAGAGGAAGUUAUGAGUACAACGGGAGCAAUACAACCUUUGUUGUUAAUAUGCAGAAUUUGUAAGGGGUUAUUGGUGAUUGCAUACGAUUUAAAAAUGCAGUACAUUGAAAGUACAAAAACACUGGAUGAAUAUUUUGGAGAAACAACAGAAAACAAUAACAAUGUACCCAAAGUUGAAACCCCAUCUAAAAAAGCAAGUGUGGAGAUAUUAAUUGGGGAUAAUAAAUAUGAUAUUAAAGAUCUUGUAAUAGUUGAAGAUGAGGAUAAAAAUGAGAGUAGUUAUGAAGGUUUUUUAAGGAAUUUGGGUGAUACAGUGUCAGCUAAAAUUGUAAGUAAAGAUUACACAUAUAAACCUGUUGAACCUGAAUCAGAGAUAAUUAUCGUUGAAAAAGAAACACCAGGGACCAUUAUCAUAGAGGAAAUAUUGUUGGACGAUGAGGAUGAUAUGGAGGUUGAUAAAUAUAUAAUAAGAACCACUGGAACUGAUGUAAAACAAGACGAAUUAUUACAAAAUCUCAACAUAGAUCAAUUAAUUUUAACCAAUACAAUUGAAGGGAACUUUUUGGAACCCAACGAUUUUAUAAGUAAUCUGGAAGCUUUAAAGGUAACCCCAGCUGAGAUAUUUAAGUGUGAUUAUUGUCAGAAGGAGUACAAACACAAAGGCAGUUUCCUACAUCACCUAAAAACGUGUUCGUGUUUGCACGCUCUACACGGAUCAGGUAGUACGAUGAGUAUAUGUCCCGAGUGUAGAACCCCAUGCACAAGUAAGGAAGUUUUGAUAGAACACAUAAAAACCACCCACAACUCAAAAAAUCUACACAUUUGUAAUGUCUGCAACCACGUUGCUCACUCCAAUAGAACCUUGUCAUAUCACAUGUUAAAGCAUGAAAACAAAGUGUACCAAUGUGAGAUAUGCGGAAAGAGUUUUAACAGAAAAAACCUGCUAAGUAUUCAUAAAAAAAUGCACAGUCAGCAGAACAGUACCCAGGUUUUGUGUCCCAUAUGUGGGAAAAGUUUUCACUACAAGAGCGGUAUGGUUUACCACAUGAAAAUGCACAACCAAACUAGAGAUUAUGUGUGUAAUAUAUGCGAUAAACGGUUUUAUAUGAAAGCAGUUUUAAAUAGACACGUGCGGUGUCAUACAGGGGACAGACCGUAUGCAUGUCAGUACUGUGAGAAGAAGUUUUACUCGAAAAGUGAGAUGCUGAAACAUGAAAUGUUACACACAGGAGUUAGGCCGCAUAAGUGCCAAUUUUGCGAUAAAGGGUUCACGCAGAAAUUCAAUUUGGAAUUACACAUGAUGUCGCAUUCUGGCCCGCAAUUUUGCGAGUUUUGUAGUAAGACUUUUAUUGACGCUAAAUAUCUGCAGCGACAUGUCAAAACUAAGCAUAAGUUUUUGGUGCAACAGGCACAAGAAUAA